AUGAUUAAUAGUGAUUUACGAGGCGGACGGAUCUAUCGUCUACUCGAAAUGCCGACCCGCAACCAGGUGAGAGACGACGAGGUGCCCCCGCCAUCUCUGGAUGAGAUUGGCAGUGCCAUCAAGCAGCUUAAGAGCUGUGCCGGCAGCGAUGGACUGGCGGCCGAGCUCUUCAAGAUGGGUCCGGAGUGGCUUACCGUCGAAAUGCAUCAGCUGAUCGUGAAAGUCUUGGAGCAGGAGAAACUCCCGGAGAAGUGCAAGCUGGGUGUUAUCCAACCAGUCUACAAAAAGCGCAAUAGGCUGGUUUGCACGAGUUUCCCAGCCAUCACAGUCCUGAAUGCCGCAUACAAGAUCCUGUCCCAGAUCCUGUUCUGCAGACUUGCGCCCCUUGCUGCAAAUUUUGGUUGGCAGCUACCAAGCUGGAUCCUCCAGAAGUGCCGAGAGUGCCAGAUCCCAACGCACUACCUGUUUAUCGACUUCAAGGCGGCUUACGACACAAUAGACCGGAAGGAGCUAUGGAGCAUCAUGCAGCGGUACCACUUCCCUGGGAAGUUCAUCCGGCUGCUAGAGGCCACCGUGAACGGGGUGCAGUGCAAGCAUUACCGGAAUGCCUCGACCUCGACGGACUCGGAGGCUGACGUACCGGUUGAGCCGCUGAACCUGAUAAAUCUAGCCGCCCAAGCCAACCGCUGCCGUGCCGAUCUUUCGCUCAAAGGCGGCAUCGCGGCGUUUGUCGCGUAA